AUGAAAGGCACGAAGGGUAGAUUUCUGAAGAAAAUUAAAUUUAUUCCUACUAUCAGCACUUCGAAACAAGGCUUAGUCCUUCAGCUUAAUCCCCAACACACCUUCUCCAAUCAGAAUUGCCAUAACCUAUCAGUUUACAAAGAGCAAGACUGCAAAAGCAAAGACAUUAGUCUCCCAGAAUCAGUAGUUGAUUUUAAAAAUCAAAAGGAUGAAGAAACAGAAUUGGAACUCGACGUUGGCGACCAAGAUAAUGAUUCACCCUGCAUCAAUUUGAAGGACACAGCGACUAGAGAAUCUAAUUCUCAGCUUCCAAUCUCCUCGGAGACAAUUGUCAAGGAUGAUAGCGUACCUGAAGAAGUGAAGGGGGACACUGAAGAAUAUCCUUCUCUAACAGAUUUUGAAGAGAAAUGUCCACCAGGUGGAGAAAAGUCAGUCAUUUUCUAUACAACAAGCUUGAGAGGAAUAAGAAAAACAUAUGAAGGUUGCAGCAGUAUCAGGCUAAUUUUAGACAGUUUCAAGAUAAUAGUCCAUGAGAGAGAUGUUUCGAUGGACAUGGAAUUCAGGGAAGAAUUAUGGAGGAUAAUGGGUGGCAAAGUGAUCCCUCCAAAGCUGUUCAUCAAGGGCAGAUACAUAGGAGGAGCUGAUGAAGUUGUUGGACUUCACGAGCAAGGAAAGCUGAAGAAGCUCUUGGAAGAGAUACCUUCAAGCCACCCCAACUGCCUGUGUACCGGUUGUGCCAAUUUGCGCUUUCUGGUUUGCUCAUACUGCAAUGGCAGCCGCAAGGUUUAUGCAGAAAAGGAAGGUGUUCAUGAAUUCUGCCUUAAAAAAUGCCUUGAUUGUAAUGAGAAUGGAUUGGUCAAAUGCCCUGUUUGCUGCUGAAUGUCCUUGUUGUAGCCUUUCUUGAUGUAUAUUUUCCUUGCAUUGUCUAACAUAUUCUUACCUAGAAUCAAAUUGCUGCUGUUCCAAGUCCCAUUGGAAGGUCUCAAUUUAGUGUUUAUGGAUGACGAAAAUGAUGAACCGUGUAUCUAAUUUCCUUCUACUGAUAUAACAAUGGUCUAAAUUAUGCUGUCUUUGUUAUUUGAAUAUCAGAUUUUCUCUUUCAUUUCCUUCCUUCAUCAGCUUCUUCUUGUUUUUAUU